AUGAACCUAUCCGGCCCUGAGGAUCCUUUCAGUGAGGCUGACACUCCGGUGGAUCUAGAGGAGGUGGACUCUUUGGAGGCCAUUGUCAUCAUCGACAAUGAGCUGGAUCCGCUUUCACCCCCGGCUCCAGACACAGUCCAACUCGCGGGCAACCUAGGCACCAUUGGGAUGGGCUCAACUCAUAAUCUGACUGACCGCGGAGAGGCGUGUAAGGAACUCAGGCUGGGGGACGUCUGCUGCGCCGCACAUGGCUUAUCAAUCCUGGUGACCGCCACCAAAGGCGACCAGAAGCAUACUAUCCUGUUCGAUGCUGGGCCCGAAGAAGAGGCCUGGGAGCGGAAUGUGAAACGAUUACGGCCUGACAUAGCUUCGAUUGAGGUGGUUCAACUAUCGCACUGGCAUCGAGAUCAUUCAGGCGGUCUUCCGCGUGCAAUUCGCAUGAUAAAGGAUGCGAAGCAGGCGGAGAGUCGUUCCGAAGACCUGGUCGUUGACCUGCAUCCGGAUCGACCUUCUUACCGGGGCAUUGCUCUGCCAGAGCAUAUCAUCUCGCUUGAGGCUGAUCCCACCUUCGAGGAGAUGGAAAGUGCCGGGGCUGUAGUUGACAAGCGAAGCGAGCCUCAUACCGUGCUUGACAACUUCUUCCUUGUCUCUGGAGAGAUCCCACGAGUGACACCAUACGAAACUGGCCUGAGGAACGCAGUGCGGUAUGACCCGCAUGAGAAGGAAUGGUUCUCGGACGAGGCGAUUCAAGAUGAACGUGCCCUCUUCUGUAAUCUCAAGGGGCUAGUCGUGUUCACGGCGUGCAGCCACGCCGGCGUGGUCAACGCUACGAAGCACGCAGUUCAUCUCACGGGUGGAACAGUGCCAGUUCACGCCGUGGUCGGUGGCUUCCACCUUGCCACGAGUGAUGCGGAUCAAGUCGAAACCACAGUGAAAGAUCUCAAGCGACUUGAUCCCGCUGUGAUCAUGCCUGGUCACUGUACAGGCUGGCGAGCUAAGUUUGCCAUUGAGAAACACAUGCCGGGGUCCAUGGUUCCUUGCACCGUCGGAUCGCGGAUCACUUUCUGA